CGCCCAAGGCAAUGAUAGAAAAGAAAUAGUUACAAUUGGAUGAUGAGAACUAGGCGGGCUACAGUCUUGUCCGCAUGAAGGGGUAGCAUGACUUUGGACUUAUUCUGAAAAGUUUAGGGGAUGAGAAGUAUCGCGCCCUUCUCAAUAGGCCCCAGAAUUUCUUCUCCCAUAUCACUAUCCACCAAAUCCCCAACUUCGCUCCGUUGUUGGUGUACGAAUUUCUGCUACGUGGCUACCUCUUCUUUCUGUUUCUUGGACCCUCAUGCGCUUCAAUUCGAGGAUGCGAUUUGUUUUGGCACUUGUGGCUGAUAUGCACUCUUCCUACGCAAAUUAUUGGUAACAUACAAGUAAAGGAUGCCAGAAGAAAUUAGAUAACCACAGAUACAAUAAUUUGCUAAAAACACUGUCUAGCUUUCAUGAUGGCCAGAAAGGGAACUGUAUUGAGGAGUAGUAUGUACCAAAAUGGAAUAGCUCACGACAAUGCAGUGUCAAAGUCCACCCCACUAUCAGCUAAUAAAGACAUGGCACAUGGUGCAGUAGUUGUUGACAAUGAGGAGCUUUCAAGCCUUAACUGCCAGCACAAGUCAAAUAGUCCAUCCACAGAUCAAGUAGACAAAAAUAUAACAGCUGGUGCUCGUAAAAGAAGUCAGACAAAAUCCAACAGAAGGGAUCAGCACAGAGAAAAAGCUAAAACCCCUGAUGUAACUUCAAGUUCUACACCACCUUCAUUUAUUCUUAAUGAUCCGAGUCCAAAUAUUUCGGAUGCAAAUGGAAUCGAUGAAUAUGAGGAUGGGAAUUGCAAUCAAAUGGAAGGUGAUGGGAAAUCUGAGGGCUGUUCUAAAUUUUGUCUUGGUAGUGGUUUUGGAAAAAUGAUGGGCAGCUUAAGCCUUUCUGAUAAAAUGGGUGGCAGGAAUUUGAGAGCUUCAGCGGUUGCUGCUCUGGAUAAGGCAAGUAGGUGGUUUCAGGCACAGAAGGUUUGGGUCUCGACCUUGACAGCCAAGUUCUUGAAGGCUCGUAAUUAUGUGAUUCAAAAGUCGGGAUAUAUGUAUCCAAUUCUCUCAAAAUGGCUCCGGCAUAUAGGGAAGUUGAUUCUACUAGUCUCUCUUGUUUGGUUGGACUGUGCUCUUCGUGGCGUUGAUUCUAUUUUUCGAUUGGGGACAGCAUCAUUUUUCAUGAUUCUGUGGUGCAGUAGUCUUGCCUUUGCUUCCAUGAUAGGAAUCACAAAUCUGCUUAUAGUCUCGGUUAUAUUUGGUAUCAUCGCAUAUUUCUUGGGCUUAACUCUAGCUGUUAUUGUCGUUGCUGCCUUUGCAUCUGCCUUUCUGUGGUUUUAUGGGAGCUUUUGGAUUACAGGUCUCUUCAUAGUAUUUGGAGGAAUCACAUUUACUUUGAAGUUUGAACGGCUUGCACUUCUGGUCACAACUAUAUAUGCUGUCUUCUGUGCAAAAUUUUAUGUAGGGUGGUCUGGAUUGUUGUUGGGAAUAAAUCUUGCUUUCAUAUCAAGUGACGUUCUAAUAUAUUUUAUCAAGAAAAAUGUUAAGGAGAAUAAGGAAAACAGUGAACCUGGUGAAAGAACUCAAGGGGAUGGCUUCUCGGGCCAGGCUGCACAUGCUGCCUUUUCGGAUGAGAGUUUCCGAACUGCAUUUGGUGUGUCGCCUGAUCAAGGCCAGGGAGUGGCUUCAACAAGUGGUCAAGCAGAAAUCGAGUUGACUUCAGAAGAGGAAGUUGAGCGGUUGUUGAAUUGUGUGGAUCAUUAUUCAGUAUUGGGUCUUUCUCGUUAUCAGAGCAUAGAUAUUUCUUCCCUGAAACGUGAAUACAAAAAAAAGGCUAUGCUGGUACAUCCUGAUAAAAACUUAAGCAAUGAGAAGGCUGUCGAGGCUUUUAAGAAACUACAAAAUGCAUAUGAGGUAUUACUAGACAGUAUAAAAAGAAAAGCAUAUGAUGAUGAAUUGAGGAGGGAGGAGCUAUUCAACUGCUUCCGUAGGUUUCAAACAGCUUAUCAGAAGAAGGGUAGACAAGGCUUCUUUCCAUCUGGGUUUUCUCAUUCUGAAGCAAAGGAGGAUGACUCACAUGAGGAAGUAAGAAGAAUAGAGUGCAAAAAGUGCAACAAAUUUCACAUAUGGUCUCAUACGAGUAGAUCUAAAGCUCAAGCAAGAUGGUGUCAGGAGUGCAAGGAAUUUCAUAAUGCAAAAGACGGGGACGGAUGGGUUGAGCAAUGUGGCCAUCCAUUUCUUUUUGGAAUGUUGCAAAAGGUUGAUCCACCUCAUGCUUAUGUUUGUGCAGACAGCAAGAUAUAUGAUGCAACUGAUUGGUUUCUUUGCCAGGGAAUGAGAUGUCCUGUCAACACCCACAAGCCCAGUUUUCAUGUGAACACAACUGUUGCCACAAAGCAUAACAUGAGAGCGGGUAGUUCAGCUCACAGAACGGGAACCAUGCCACCUAGCAUGGAUGAGACCAUGACAGAAGAGGCCUUCUUUGAAUGGUUACAGAACGCAAUGCAGUCAGGAGUCUUUGAGAGCAACGGCACCUCAGAAAGUUCUGCCUCUAGGAGUAGCAAUGGGCCCAAGAGCAGUGCCGGCAAGAAAAAGAAGCGUGGAAAGAAGCAGUGGUGAUUUGAAGCAUCUUCUAUUUUCUUGCAUAGUGCCAAUUACCAUGUGUAUCUAAGCACAUCCUUCCGUUGAAGAGUGUUAUACCCCAUAUAUGCUCAUGAAUCCUGGCAGUCACUUCAAAUAAAGCUUGCCAAAGCAGUGGCUUUUCCGAGCUUAUGCUUCAUGUCAUUUCCAACCUUGUGACUUACUUCUCGAGGCAGAGCAUUAUAUGGAAGUUUUUUGAAUUCAAACUUCACUGUUUCAUGUGGC